AUGUACGCGCAGUCCGAGAAGUUGCCCAUACAUGGGCAGGAUCGCAUGCAUCCACAAACACGAUACGACCCACCUAACCACCCGCCUCCUCAAUACGAUCAAGCCCAGUACGUACAGCCUCAGUAUGGACCUCCCCCAACUGGACAACCUCAUUACGGACAAUCACAAUACGGUCAACCUCAAUAUGGCCAACCCCAAUAUGGUCAACCACAUUACGGUCAGCAACAAUAUACCCAGCCCCAAUAUGGCCAAACGCAAUAUGGCCAACCUCAGUAUGGCCAGCCACAGUAUGGACAAACACCGUACGGACAGCUUCAGCCCGGUCCCAACCCCGUGUUUGGAGGGCAGCCCACCCCAGACCCCCGAUACGACUCACAAGCCGGGAUGGCCACCAUGGGAGGGCCAUUGCCUCUUCCCGUCGUGAUCCCACAGCAGCGCCCCGGGUCUCAGGAGCGAGGCUUCAUGGCCGCCUAUGCGCCAUCUCUAGAGUCGUGCGGCAUCGACCAAAGGUCGUUCCUGCGCUUCAUCGACGAGACCAACACGGCUUUGGAGGGCAACAAGUACCUCGCCGGUGUGCAAGUCGUCUCACUUGGCGUGGGCUUCACCCCCGAGGUCAUCGUCAUGGGCGUGGCCGCGGCAGUGCAAGCAGGUGCCUGGGUAGCCAACAAGGGCUACGUCAGAGGAAAGACCAACAACGUCAUGGACAAGUACAACCGCGAGCUUUUCGCUCCCAACGGUCUGUUCUGCAUGAUUAUGAAACAUGAUCCGGAACUCAAGGAGCCCAAGAAUUCCAGCCGUCUGAAGCAACUCGCCUCAAUGGCUGUCAACGGCUCAAGCAAUGGCGGGGGCAGUGCAUGGAUGCGUAACCACAUUUCAGGUUCGACGCAGGGACCUAGCGGUCUUCCUACAGCCGUCGCACCGCUUGUCUACAUGGACAACCGCCGCCAACACAAGAACUACCUGUCUGAUUCUCCUCCGUCGGCUUCACCGGCCCCCGAGAGGGAUGUCGUUCCCCCCGCCGGAGGCAAGGUUUCAACCAAGGAAAAGGCCAAGAAGGCCUUUGACAACUUCAACGACUACCUCGACCGUCGCGCUCGCGCAAAGUACAUGGCCGAGAACGGCAACGACGCGCUGAGCGGGCCGGCGGGUCGUGGCUUCAGCAAUCGGUACCUGGAUCCCAAUCAUCCGGCCGUCAACGGAGGUCUGAUUGGCGUGCUUUCCGGCGGCGUGUUGAGCCCUACCCCAGAGCAGCGUGCGCAGAAGAAGGCCGCCAGGAUUGAUGAAGAGGAGAGGAGAGUCCUUGACGAAUACAACGACCGGAAGGAGCGCAUCUUGAACGAUCGACGUAGUCAAUCCGAGACGGAUCGCGAGUUGAGGCGGUUGGACAAGGACUAUGAGCCUCGUCUGGAGGUGUUCCGCAAGAAGAGAAGGGAGCUGGAAGGUGGCAAACGAUCCAUCAAGAGUAACAUUUUAUACCUGAUGAUUGUCAACCUUCCUUCGGACGCUACUCUUGCUGCCGCUUCGUCGAAGCUGGACCAGGAAUAUGGUCAUAGUGUCACGACGGAGACGAUGCCACCACCAGCGUACUAA